UAUAUAAAAAGAGGAAAGCUGAGUAUCUCCUAAAAGAGCAGAGCAAUUCAGGUUCAGAUAGCUGCUUGUCUUCUGAAGAUGGGAAGUGCAGAGGUGGAGCAAACAAAGGCAUACUCGCGCGUCGGUUGCACGAAGCCACCAGCGAGAACUUGGCAGAGGAAAUUUGAAGAUGAAGGCAAGAAGAUUGCAAUGUUCAGUAUGACCAUGACGGAUAUCAUGACAAUCAUGCCCUUGAUUGUUAAAGUGCUUGGACUACACAUCAAAGCAACCGCGAAAGGCCAGGCCUCGGUCUAUGACCCAUUCAAGAAAUGGAUGGACAACUGCUACCGUGGGGUACCCCUUGGCGUGCUAGGUUCAGGGAGCAUAGGGAGAAGCUACAGAGGGUACUUUCAACAUUUCCAGAUAUUCCCGAGGGUUUAUGAACAGAAGCCUGUCCUAGCCAAUCAGUUUUCCGCAUUCGUUUCCCGUCCUGGUGGGAAGAGAUAUGCAACAAUAUUGUCUUCACCAAAUGCCGAUGUCCUCAAGGGAAUAGAUAAAAAUGGCAUUGGGUCUUGGGACUGGAAUCUGAAAGAUAAGAACUGUGCUUAUCAUGGCUUGUUUCCAAGAUCUUGGACAACAUAUGAAGGUGAGCCGGACCCUGAAAUCAAGAUCACUUGUCGUCAGAUAUCGCCUUUCAUCCCUCAUAACUACAAGGAGAGCAGCUUCCCUGUUGCGGUUUUCACUUUUACGGUGGAAAAUUCUGCGAGCACACCUGCAGAUGUCACAUUGCUCUUCACAUGGGCAAAUUCAGUCGGCGGGACAUCAGAAUUGACUGGCAAUCACACCAACUCCAGAAUGAAAGCGCGCGACGGCGUCAAUGGCGUCCUCCUCCGUCACAGGACGGCUGGCGGGCACCCUCCGGUGACAUUCGGGAUCGCGUCCCAGGAGACCGGCGACGUCCGCGUCACCUGCUGCCCGUCCUUCGCGAUGGGCCCGUCCAGCUCCGGCGGCGGCGAGCAGCUCACGGCGAAGGAGAUGUGGGCCGAGGUCAAGAACCGCGGCUCAUUCAGCGACGCGGCCGGCGCGGCGCCGAGAGGGUCUUCGAGGCCCGGAUCGUCCAUCGGCGCGGCGGUUGCGGCGACGACGACGGUGCCGGCGGGGGGCACGCGCGAGGUGUCGUUCGCGCUGUCGUGGUCGUGCCCCGAGGUGAAGUUCCCCGCCGGGAGGACCUACCACCGGAGGUACACCAAGUUCCUCGGCCUGGAUCGAGACGCGGCGGCGGAACAGUUGGUUCAUGACGCCCUUCUUGAACACAUGAAAUGGGAGUCUCUGAUCGAUGAGUGGCAGAGACCUGUUCUUGAGGACAAGACCCUGCCUGAUUGGUAUCCUGUCGCACUCUUCAACGAGCUCUACUAUCUCAAUGCUGGAGGCACCAUUUGGACAGAUGGCAUGCCUCCCAGGAAGACCGGGCUUGCUUCGUCAAGGUCAAGCUCAGGUACGUCGACGAUGGAGCCCUUCUCCCUCAACGGGUUCAGUCUUCAAGCCGACGGCGAAAGCUGCACCACCGCGGUGGACGGCAUGCUGCGCGCAAUGGCGACGGCGGAGGAGAGGCUGAAGGACUCGCCGGAGGCAUGCUUCGGCACGGCGCUGCUGGACGACGGCGAGGAGAACGUGGGGCAGUUUCUUUACCUGGAGGGGAUGGAGUACCACAUGUGGAACACCUACGACGUCCACUUCUACGCCUCCUUCGCGCUCCUCUCCCUCUUCCCGGCCAUCGAGCUCAGCCUCCAGCGCGACUUCGCCCGGGCAGUCCUCCAUCAAGACCCACGCUCGAUGCACACCCUCGACGGCGCCACCGUGCCGCGCAAGGUCCUCGGCGCCGUGCCGCACGACUUCGGCCUCGCCGACCCCUGGUUCGAGCUCAACGCCUACAUGCUCCACGACCCGAUCGUGGAGGAGGACAAGGCUCGCAGCGCGCUGGGGACGGUGCUGGACUACAACGUCAUGCGGGUGCAGGGCGGCGCGGUGGGGGCGGUGAACGGCAUGCGGCCGGACGGCGCAGUGGACACGUCGUCGACGCAGUCCAAGGAGGUCUGGCCCGGGGUCACCUACGGCGUGGCCGCCGCCAUGAUCCACGAGGGCAUGCCGGAGGCGGCGUUCCAGACGGCCAAAGGCGCGCACGACGCCGGGUGGGGCAGGGACGGGUACGGGUACGCGUUCCAGACGCCCGAGGCGUGGACGGCCGAAGGCGGCGGCGGUUACCGGUCGCUGCACUACAUGCGACCCCUCUGCAUCUGGGCGAUGCAGUGGGCGCUGUCGCCGCCGGAGCUCCACAAGAACCUGAGUGCGCUGCCGGGUUCGGUGUCGGCCGCUGCGUCGCCUGCGGAGGUGGCCCUGGCGCGGGAGAAGUUUGAGAAGGUGGCGAACAUGGUGAGGCUGCCGGAGGAAGAGCAGGACAAGGGAUACCUAGGAGCUCUCUACCAGAUUCUCCGUCAGAUGAUCCUCCCGGCAUCAUGAUUCUUUGGGAUGGAACUUCCAGCAUUACAAAUGGUUGUUAGUACUCCUACAACACAUCAUACGACCGGAAACAAUUUCUUUUGAUCUGCACGAUCUCAAACACUGACUCCUAAAGUACAGAUAAUUUUUUUUUGUUAGAACAGGAAUAAAAUGCAUCUGGCUAAAGCAUUCUAUCUGGUU